AAAAUAUUAUGAAAAGACUGUACUUUGACGUAUCACUCUCUACGAUAUGCAGUCUUUCAAAAGGCACCAGUCACAGUCACCAGUGAAAGGGUUAAAAUAAGGCGGAUGACAUCAAAUGCCUGGAAGUCAACAGUGUUGGAUGAGAGACGAGAGAGAAGGAGAGAUCUCAAGCAGAACGAGAAUGCUCACGAUGCAGAGGUUGAGACCUGUCAUCAAGGAUGUGUAUUUUCCCAUCUCUUCCCAUUCUUCCUCCAUGUAAUUCCUCUUCCUGAGUGUUUCGCCGUACUGCUGCAUGCGGACUGACUGAUCUCGUAUGCUGAGUGCACAGGGGCUCAGCUCAAAUUGUGACUGUGCAUGAGUGAGACAGCACUUUGACGGUAACUCCUUGCAGCCAGAGAGGGGGACUACACUGUUAGAACAGAGCAAGGAAUCAGUUUUUCAAAAUGAAUUUGAACAAUGGUGAAACUCCGACAGUUAGAGGACAGAGCAGGAAUGGCGCAGGUGGCAGCUUGGAAGAUAAGAAGACACUUAUGAAGCCCUCAACUCCAACUAGGAAACCUCAACCACCCAAACCUGAGAAUGCCAUCACUAUCGCUGUGUCGUCACGGGUCCUUUUCAACAUGGAGCGGGAGCAGCAGAUCUACGAGCAGCAAGGCAUGGAGGAAUAUCUCAAGUAUCAGCUGGAGCAUGAAAGCGAGCCUUUCAGUCCUGGCCCUGCCUUUUCCUUUGUCAAGGCUUUGGAGGCUGUCAACAGUCGACUGCGGGAACUUUACCCACACAGUGAGGAGCUGUUUGACGUGGUGCUCGUGACAAACAACCACGCAUACGUGGGCCUCCGGCUCAUUAAUACCAUCAAUCAUCACCACUUACUCAUCGAGCGCUUCUGUAUGACCGGAGGAAACAGUCCCAUUGGUUACUUGAAAGCCUAUCAUACAAAUUUGUAUCUUUCAGCUGACUCAUCCAAAGUGCGAGAAGCUCUGGCCGAAGGUAUUGCGGCAGCCACCAUGUUCACUCCUGAAAAGAUGAAGGAAGUGUCGGAGACUCAGCUUCGAGUCGCCUUUGACGGCGACGCUGUCCUCUUCUCUGACGAGUCAGAACGCAUUUUCAAGGCCCAUGGACUGGACAAGUUCUUUGAACAUGAGAAGGCUCAUGAGAACAAGCCUCUGGACCAUGGCCCACUGAAGGGCUUCCUGGAGGUUUUGGGAAAACUACAGAGGAAGUUUUUUGAAAAAGGCCUACGAAUGGACUGCCCUAUUCGCACUUAUCUGGUGACGGCACGCAGCGCUGCCAGUUCCGGCACCAGAGCCUUAAAGACUCUGCGGUCGUGGGGCCUGGAGAUUGACGAGGCUCUCUUUCUAGCAGGAGCGCCUAAGGGCCCCAUGCUGGAGAAGAUCAGGCCGCACAUUUUCUUUGACGACCAGAUGUUUCAUGUGGAAGGGGCGGCCGAGCUUGGCACAGUGGCUUGUCACGUUCCUUACGGCAUUGCCCAGAGACAGGCAAAGAAAUGACUUCUUACAACCUUGAUGGUGAGGCCAUAUACGUCUGGAAGUAGAGGGCAGAAAAAUCUAUGCUAAAGUGGAUGAAAAUGAUUGCACACGAAAUAAAAAAUGCUACCACCCCAAUUCCAAUGAUGAUGGAACAUUGUUAAAAAUAAAUUAAAAAUGGAAUGCAAUUAUCAGCAAAUCAUGUUUAAUUAAAUGGACUACAAAAAAACAAGAUAUUAAAUGUUGUAUUAAAUGUUUUAGGCACAUAAUCAUGAACUUGGAUGCCCCUGCUUAAUUCAGCGAGACAAUGCUAUACCACUAAGGAGUGUAGGUACAAGACUGGCCCGCCUCCUUACCAGACCUGUCGCCCAUUGAAAAUGUUUGCGCAUUAUGAAGUGUAAAAUACGACAACAGAGACCCCCGACUGUUGAACUGCUAAAGCUGCACAUUAAAAUGGGGAAGAAUUCCAAACUACAAAAACUUUUGCUAAACAGUUAAACAGUAAAAACAGUUACUAAAUGUUCAUUGAAUGUUGUUAAAAGCAAAGGUUAACACAGUGGUAAACAUGAUUCAGUCACUUUUUUGGAAUGUGUUGCAGCUAUACAAUGAUGUACUGCACGCAACACGUCACUUUUGCUAAUUAAUAUUCAUGACGUUAGCAAUUGUUGAUAGGCGGGUGAAGCUCUCGUUUGUCCUUUAUGCUAAAUGCAUGCAAAUAGUGUACAAAUUAGAUGUUUACUGAGCUAAACCUACCAAUUCUGUCCGAAAAUGAUGUCCCUGGUGCUAAAUUCACUGGUAAAGAUGUGGAAGAACAUACAAAUGUUCAAUUAAAGAGAUGGCUUGAGUGUCGAGGACUGAAAAAGACAGGAAAAAGAGCCGACCUGAUCCAGACGUAGCUUUUUAUAUCGACACCUUUUUCUUGUGUGCUUUGCCCAGCGCCACUGACAAUGACAUUCUCCCGUUUCAACAAACUAUCCUUUACCACCAUAUGCCCUGUCUUUCUUAUAUAUUAUAUCCUCUGGUUGUCUUAUGUCUUAUGGGGGUAAUUUACAUUGCUAUUUUUGGGUAGCGAUCGCAAAUGCUACUCGUUGACAGCCAAUGAACACUUUUAAUGUUUUUCAUUAAUAACAAAUCUUAAUUCUAUAAUUUAUGUACACUUCCCCCUUCCUAAAGUUUUUUUUUUUUUCAUAACAAAAGGUAACAACAGUAGCAGUCAGAUACUAUUUAAAUUUUUUGUCAGGUCAUUCAUUGUCAGACAGAAGCAGCACGGCAAAACGCUACGCUAAAAAAUAAGUAAAAAUUUCAUAAUGGCUUACUUCUUUGUCCUUUGUAGGACUAUGGCCCUCAACAAAAUGUUUACUGCAUAUGAAAGUGAAUGGCUUCACCUUGCUCGCGUUAAUCUUGUCUUUUGGACGUCCGCACAAUUUGAUCCAUUGUUCACAUUUUUGCUCAUUUUUGGCUUUGGGAAACGUAUGAAGAAAACAUCCUUCAUAUGUCGUAACGUCUCAAGUCGUUUCUACAAGUUCCAUAGCAGCAGUGUUUACUCGGCAUGUGCAUUUUUGAAAGAUUACCGGCAGAAAACAAGCAGUAAUAACAUGAGUUGUAUGCGAGGGCGUGUCUAUGUUGACCCACUUCCAGGUUACGAUGGCGACGUCACGGUCUAAAAAUACCAUUCGUGCGGUAUGCUAUUCUAAGGUCAUGAAUAUUUGCUAAAAAAAAAAGAUGAUCAGUUAUAUGUUGUCUUUGCAGCAUAUUCAAUUAAAUAUACUGUAGGUGGAACAUGAUUUGCCAGUCAUUGUUUUCUGUUUUUAUUUAUGUUAGACACAAUGUCCCAAUUUCAUUGGAAUUAAAGUUAUAUUUUCUUUGUCAAAAUGUCAGAAUCAAAAAACAUAUUUGUCUGUUAUAAAGUAGUUUAUCGUAAAUUUGUCAAAUGUUAAAGUAUUUUUGUGUAUUUUAUGUUGAAGAAUGUCAGAGAGAUGUUGUACAUGUGGUUUGUUGAUUUGUUGAUGUAUUUUCCCAUUACAAAUGUGGUAUGUUAUGGGGGAAAAAAAAAAAACUCUCCUUGAAAUGGGACACAUUUGAAAUAUAAUUGAUACUUCUAAUUUUUAUGUCUCCUUUUGUCUUGUCUGGACAUUUAUCUGCCUUUAAUCAGAAAAAACAAACCUAACACAGACUAAACAAAAAAAGAAAAAAAAAAGGUUUUUGUCUUCAGACAUUUAACCAGUGUUGUUAAUAACAUCGUUAGAGUAUAACGACGUUAUUUUUGUCAGUAGCAGAGGUGGGUAGAGUAGCCAAAAAUUAUACUCAAAUAAAAGUAGCAUUACUUCCAGAUAAUAUUACUCAAGUAAAAGUUGUCAUCCAAAAAUUUACUCAAGUACAAGUAAAAAAGUGUUCCUUGAAAACAAUACUCAAGUAAUAGGUAACACUGUAUAUACUGAACUGCUGCAGUGCAGUAUAUACACUGCUCCCAAAAUUCAAAGGAACACACAAGUGUGACGGUACACACAGGUCACGGUUCAGUACGUACCUCGGUACGUGGGUCACGGUUUGGUGCGGAUUCAGUACAACAGGAAAAACAAAAAGGCUUUUUUUCCCACAGCAUUUCAAUGUUAAAGUUUGUAUACCAUUACAGCUUAUAUGAGUGAAAUUUUUUUUUUAAAUGUAAAAAGGGUGACCUAUGUUUUUGGGAAUGAAAAAGAGUUCAAUUCAAACAGUUAAUAUAAACAUAUUUGAUGUGAAAGACGUUAUAGAAUGGAUCAUGUAAUAACGUGUACAACACGAAAAGUAACGUCACUUACUUUGCCGAGUAACUAAUUACUCUUAUAUUAAGGUAACCGAGUUACUAACUCAAUUACUUUUUGGGAGAAGUAACUUGUGUCUGUAACUAAUUAUUUUUUUAAAGUAAGAUUAACAACACUGACCAUUACGCUCUUAUAUACGGUAGGUGAAAUUAAAUAAAAAAUGUAAAAAGUGUGACCUAUGGGUUUUUUUUUGGGAAUGAAAACGACAUUUUAGUUCAAUCAGUUAAUAUAAACAUAUUUGAUUUGAAAGAUGUGAUUGAAUGGAACAUGUAAUAACGUGUAGAACAUGAAAAGUAACGUCACUUACUUUGCUAAGUAACUAAUUACUCUUACAUUGAGGUAACUGAGUUACUAACUCAAUUACUUUUUGGGAGAAGUAAUUUGUAUCUGUAACCAAUUACUUUUUAAAAGUAAAAUUAACAACACUGAGUGUAACAGAUUUCAAAAGCUUUGUUCACGCUGCACAUGGACAGGCUGCAUUAACUGAACUAUCACACACCAUAGACUUCAUGAUAAUAUUGACGAGGCGCGGGGCCGAUUAAUAGGGGGCCAUAUACCCGUCAAAGCUGACCGAGUGGAAACACAGACAAAGAGCUUUUUAUGUUUAAAAUUCUUCUGAAUAAAUGCUUAAAUCCUUGAAUUCUUUAUAGAUAUGGAGGUGACAGUUUUAAUUUUUGGUUAAAAAAAACCAACAAAAAAACGCAGCAGUUACCAUUUAUUUUAUGUAAAUAUGUCGAAUGUGCUGCUUGUCUUUAAGCAACUGUGGCGCCGCCUUAUCACCACAAAGAGUUUUUUACGUUGAUAAUUCUUGUGAAUAAAUGCUCAAAUCCCUGUAUUAUUUAUAAACAUGGACGAAAAACAGUCUCGAUUCUUGGUUAAAAGCAGAAAAAACAAAACAAAAACAAACCGUGCAGUUAGCAUUUAUUUUACGAAAAUAUUGUGAACUAUGACGCCAAUGCUGUAGCGGCUAAUUUCUCCCAUUGACUUUUUUCACAACGUUUCAAAAUGCAUGCAUGGUACGAAAAACAUAAUAAUUACCUUGAAUCCUCGAACAAAUCACUCCUGAGACAAUCCUUCCUGUUUGUAUGCGGGACAACUUUCAUACUUUUUCAACCUGAAUCUGGCGUUAGAUCGCUGUGUGCGUGGGUUUGAGAAUAACUCCUCUUGAUGUGUGCAGGCCCCCUACUUGAAGGCGUGUCGCAGUGUCUGACGGAAGUGACCCGUCAAUAUCAUUAUGAAGUCUACGCACACACAUUCAUUCAUUCUAUUGCGAAACUGCUUAUUCUCAAAAGUAUCGCUAGGGAGCUGGGGCCUAUCCCAGCUGACGAUGGUCAGGAGCCGGCGAACACCCUGUUCUGGUUGCCAGCCACCUUGUAAUGGUAAACAAACAACCUUUUACAUACACAAUAACGCUUUCGGAGAAUUUGGAGAGUUCAAUCAUGCUUGUUUUUCUGACACAGGAGCACACACGAUUACUCCGAGAAAACAUGCAAACUGUCCGGCACAAUGCAGCCUACACAUCAAAGCAUGCAAGCUUUCUAUUGAAUCAGGAAGGAUAAUCAAGUGCAAAGUGAGUCCUGAGACAGAAAUUCGCAUUCAAACAAUCUAAUCUUGGUUAUAAUAAUUACAAAAUAUUAACAUUGCAUAGUUAAACAUGGAAAUCUUCCAAAUGUUAGGAGUACAAAUGCUUUAACACACCCCAGAUGUAGUUUAUUCUUGACAGUAGAGGGUGACAGAGACCAACCUACUCACGACAUAAAGGGUAGGCUUUCUCCUAUUUAUUCUAAACUGGUUCUCAUGAUGAUUUUCCACAAAAAUAGGACACUUCCCAUGCCACACUGAUUGUCUGGCAGUGAAUAGAAAAAUCAGGGAAUUCACUUAAACAAUAAAAACAAUGUACAGAGCCCAGGUGUGUCUAUCAGAGUGGUGGCUAUCAGGAAAUUAUAUGAUCAUUCCAUCUGUGGCAUUUUGCUUAAAAAAAAAAAAAAAAAAAAAAAAAACAGAAGAAGAAGAAUCUUUUUUUUUUUUUUGCUUAUACAAGGAUUGUAUAAAACAUGAUGAAUGUGUUUGUUUUUUAUCCACUUUAUAUUCAUCCAGAAAGAAUGUAUUUGUGUGACUUAUAACAGUGUACAGUAUAACAGCGUAAUUUUAUUGUAUUUAGGGAUUCACUAAUUUUGAUUCCUAAAUCAGGAUAUCUGCUGGUACCGACACUAUUUCGAUAGUAGAACUGUUUCCUGUAAUGUUAUUCCAAGAUUGUUUAGUUGAUUUUACAGUGAGGACCAUAUGUAUUUGCAGCCCUUGUGAUUUUGCAAGUUCACCCACUUAGCAAAUUCUUCACCAGGUUUUCACAUAUGGAAACAGGGAUUUUGCCCCAUUCCUCCACACAAAUCUUCUCUAGAACUGUCAGG